AAUAUGGCUGAUUAAAGAUAAUAAAAUAACAUAUUACGAUGUUCGUGAAAAAACUAAAUAUUUUUUGUAACACCUAAAUUUUACCAACAAUACCUCUUCAGAUAAUUUAAAAAUAUGGUUGCCGGUACCUUAACGAAAGCUUUAUUUUCAUUGAUCUUGAAUAAAGUUCAUUGUUCAUACGAAGGAAAAGACAAUGGUUUUGGUAAAAGCUAUGUAUGGGCUGGAUCGUUGGAGUCUGGCCUACAAAUAGCGACUCACCACCAGAAGCCAGUAAUGGUCAUAAUUCACAAAUCUUGGUGUUCAGCUUGUAAGAACUUGAAACCGAAGUUCGCGAACUCGAAUGAGAUCCAAACAUUGAGCAAGCACUUCGUAAUGGUGAAUCUUUUAGAUGAAGAGGAGCCAAAAAAUAAUAAAUUUUCACCUGAUGGCACUUAUAUACCUCGAAUACUCUUCAUGUCCCCGAAGGGUUCCGUCGACCAUGACAUUUACAACGAGGAGGGGAGCAGCCAACACAAAUACUUCUACAGUCGACCGGAACAAAUCGCCAAAUCAAUGAGAAAAGUCCUCGACAAAUAUAAGCUCGAGCGAUUUGAUGUAUGAUAUUUUAACAAAUUUAAAAUAAGCAAUAUUGAUAGCAGAUAAUAUAAUAUCAUUUACUGAUAUAUCUUAGGGAAAAAUCUUGAUAUAACUAUGAUUAAAAUUUUAUAUAUACAUUGAUUGUGUAUCAAACACCCUGUUCUUUUUGAUAUGAUCAACCAAACGUCAAUUGAUUUUAAUGCCUGAGACGAAUACGAAAGUAAUUAAGCGCGUACUCACAUCUUCAACGACCGGCUCGACGUACAUCUCCAUGGUAUUGUUGAGAGAUGGCAGCGGCAUCGGUGAUGCUGCGGCGGACGAUCGCCGUGAGACGCUGUUGCAGGAACAUUGUGAAACAGAUCGACGGGAUCGGGGAGAUUCUCUAUAGAAGAAAUAGAUAAAAUUAAUAAAAAUAUAUAAAACGAAUCCUUUGA